CCAAAUCGCCUUCGGCCAUCUUCCCUCCCCUCCCGGCAAGUGCCGCAAGGUUUCUGGAACUCUGUAGAACUUUCCGGAGUCACCUUCUCCCGUCAUUCUCCUGGUCGGCUACUCGUUCGCCUGCUUCUCAUAUUUCGCGUCUACAUUUGCUUCGCUCGCCGUAUAAAGCUCAACUCUUUAGUGGUCAUCCGUAUCAGAUUUUGCUAAAGAAGCGAACUUUUUGUUUUGCGAGAGUGCUUUUUCUUCUAGGUUUUCUUUCUCCGAACUUUGUGAAUUGAUAAUGGCGAAACCAGGACCCGACUGGGAUGGGUUGCUCAAGUGGAGUCUUGCCCACUCCGAUGGAACUGGGUCGAAUCGCAGCCUCAGCGAGGAGGAUCGAAGAUGGUUCACGGAAGCAAUGCAAUCUCAGACUGUCGAUGUGGUUAAGCGGAUGAAGGAGAUUACGCUGGUUAUGCAAACUCCUCCUGAAGUCUUGGACGCUCAUGGAGUUACUCCGGCGGAGAUUGAAGAUAUGCUGGAAGAGCUUCAAGACCAUGUGGAGUCUAUUGACAUGGCCAACGAUCUUUAUUCUAUUGGUGGUUUGGUCCCUCUACUUGGUUACCUGAAGAACACACAUGCCAACAUUCGAGCAAAGGCUGCAGAGGUAGUAUCUACAAUCGCCCAGAACAAUCCCAAAAGUCAGCAACUGAUUAUGGAAGCAAAUGGGCUUGAACCUCUCUUGUCUAAUUUUGCGUCAGACCCAGAUGUAACUGUACGAACCAAGGCACUUGGUGCAAUAUCAUCCUUGGUCCGAAACAAUAAACCAGCCAUCACUGCAUUCCGCCUGGCUAAUGGUUUUGCAGGCUUGAGGGAUGCUCUGAACUCUGAUAAUGUGAGAUUCCAGAGGAAAGCAUUGAACUUGAUCAACUACCUCUUGAAAGAGAACACAGCAGAUUGCACCACUGUAAACGAGCUGGGAUUCCAACGCAUACUCUUACACCUUGCCUCGAGUGAACAUGGAGAUAUUCGUGAAGCUGCCCUUGGUGGCCUACUGGAGCUUGCUAAACACGAUGUGGAUGUGGAAAAAGUUGGCAGGUCAGCUGAGGAAGACGAGAAAUUAAAGGCACUUCUCGAAGAACUGAUAAAAGGUAUUAGCUUGAUGUCCCCCGAAGAUCUUGGUGCAGCUAAAGAAGAGAGGCAACUAGUGGACACUCUUUGGGAAACUUACUUCAACGAGCCCUCAUCCCUCCGUGAGAAGGGCCUUCUUGUUCUCCCUGGAGAGGAUGCUCAACCACCUGACGUGGCUAGCAAGCAAUUUGAGCCUCCUCUUAGAGCGUGGGCAGCAGCAAAUAAGGACACCGCCGCUGAAAAGAAACAGAAUCCCCCACUUCUAUUAUGAGUUGGCCCUGCCUCAGGAUCUGGCUAAUGUCUCCGGCCCUAGAGUGCCGAGCAAAAAAGCAAAGAAGCAUGAGGUGAAGCAGAGUGCAACUUGCCAUCAUUGUCAAGACUCCUGUAUUCCUGCAAAUCUAGUUUAUUUGAUACUCAACAGUGCAGGGAACUGAGUGUUCCUAUUCGAUUGCUAGUAAUUUUCACUUAAGUUAUAUGUAACUUUCAUCUCUGAAGUAUCUGUUUUAACUAUUGAAUUCCUCUGUCAAAGCUAGUUUACUGA